UCAUUUUGACAGUUACUUAUUUUUUGUAUACCAACUUUGCGUAAUAUAACCUCAAAUAUCUUAAUCAAUUCUUUAAUUUUUGAAAUUAAAUUUAAUAAUUAUUACUAAUACACUUUUAAAUGGCACAAUACACACUUAUUUAUGAGUUUUGUAUUUAAUUUUGAUAUCAUGCGACUUAAUAUCAUAAAUCGUUUAUUAGUUUUACCUACACUUAAUGUUAGUAAAAGAAGAUAUGCAGAGAGACCUAGAGUGAGGUUUGCUCCAAGCCCAACGGGUUACUUACAUCUGGGUGGUUUGAGAACAGCUUUAUAUAAUUAUCUAUUUGCUAAAUCCCGUAACGGAGUAUUUAUUUUGCGAAUAGAAGACACUGACCAGACGAGAAAAGUGGAAGGAUCUGUUGAUGCUUUGAUAAAGGACUUAGAAUGGGCUGGGAUUGAAUAUCACGAGGGCCCUGGUAAGAGUAAUAAAUAUGGACCUUAUGUACAAAGCGAAAGAUUAGAGAUUUACCAAGAUCACAUAACAAAGUUGCUGGAGAAUGGUUCUGCAUACAAAUGUUUCUGUACAGAGCGCCGUCUGAAUGUACUCCGCAGAGAUGCGGUGAAGAGUCAGAGAGUACCAAAGUAUGACAACAAAUGCCGCAACCUUAGUGAACAAGAGAUUAAAGACAAGAUCAAGGCGGGCGUUCCAUAUUGUAUUAGAUUUAAGCUAACAUCAGACUGCCAGGCCUUUGAAGAUCUGAUAUUUGGUGGGAUUGCAUAUGAUGUAUCAAUGAAUGAAGGUGACCCCGUACUUAUGAAGAGUGAUGGGUUCCCGACAUAUCAUUUCGCCAACGUUGUUGAUGAUCAUCUGAUGGCGGUGACUCACGUGCUGAGAGGAGUGGAAUGGCAAAUAUCAACAACUAAACAUUUAUUGAUUUAUAGAGCAUUUGGCUGGACCCCACCGCGCUUCGGACACUUGCCUUUGAUAGUGAAUGCAGACGGUACGAAACUUAGCAAGAGGCAAAGUGAUGUAAAAGUGGAAGAUUACAAGAAGAACGGAAUUUAUCCACUGGCAUUGGUGAAUUAUAUAACAUUGUCCGGUGGAGGUUUCGACCAUGUACCCGGCGCGGGGGUUAGGUUGAAGGACAUGGACGAGUUGGCGGAGGAGUUCCAGAUCGACAAGAUAUCAUCACAUCCAAGCCGUCUCAACCCAGACCUUUUAGAAGAAUGUAACAGGUUGGAGAUAAAGCGGCAACUGCAAGAUGAGAAACUCUCGAAAGAUUUAUCGAGUAAGCUAGAAAAAUUAAUCGAAACCAAAUAUCCAGAACAGAAGAAGUAUGUCACAGAAGAACACAUAAAAUCCGUUCUGAACUGGGCCACAGCGAGGGUGACAAGGAUAGAAGAUUUAGCCAGUUCAGAGUUCGGUUUCCUGUGGAUUCUACCGUCUAACACCGAGAUAGAUUUUGAUAGGAACCUGUUAAUCAAAUUGUUAGACACACUGGAAAGAAUAGAAAGGUUUGAUCAAGAAAACCUUAAGGAUCGCUUGAGGGAAUUCUCGUCAACUAAUAAUGUGAAGUUUCCAACACUUAUGAAAACUCUCAGGUCAGUGCUUAGUGGGCUCAAGGAAGGGCCGGGCGUCGCUGAAAUGAUGGCCUUGUUGGGCAAAGCUCAGUCGUUGGAAAGAAUAAAGGCUGUUAUACGGUAAUACAGAGUUUUAUUUAUACU